UCUGUCAAUAACAUCAAGUCAUCAACAGUGUGAUCGAAUCUUUGUGGUGUGGCGACGUGCAAGCCAGUGGUCCAGCCAUACUGAACUUUAUAUCUUCCACGCGGUUAUUGGAUCAAAAUUUACUACAGUACUGUAAUGUAAGAAUAAUAAGAUUUUUGUGAUUUUGAUUGAGAUCAUGGAUGUAUCUAAAAUUCUCUGUCCAUGUCUCAGCUGAUAAACCGAUACUCCUAUUUACGUUUUUGUCCGCCCUUGGUUCUCGAGAAUGAAAGUUAUUUUUUGAAAUAUUCAAAAUUCUAAACUUUCUUUUCGAUUCUGAUUCAAGUUCUACGCUUGAACAUUUCCUCCUCCUCUCUUUUCCUAUCGGCCAAACAGGCUAAUUCCAUGUUAAAACUCUCUCUACGUGUGUAGUUUUCUGCGUCUAUAUUUGAGCCUUCUAUAUACAAUUAGAUCUUUGACUACCAUAUUGAUCAAUGAGAGUUUCAAAUGUGUUGCUCCUUGAUUUGGCUUGAAUAAACCUAAUUGUUGGUUCUUGGGUGUUAAAAUUCCUAAUCAUUGAAGCUUUAAUUGAAUAUAGGUUUAAAAAUUCUGAUUCUAGUAGUGGGUUUAAGUCUUCGCUUAUAUUUCCUGUUAGCAUUAGUAGUAUAUGUGUACAGGGAUAGUGUUAUUAAGAAUAUCGACGAAUUCCCAAUCACAUGACAUUUUUUUAUCCAAUAGGUUAUGGAAAAUGGCUGAAAAGAUUAAAGUGCCCAAGCCAGCUGCUUCCUUUGAAUAUGAGCUAUUUGAAGGAGAUGCUGACCAUCUAAGAACGGUCGUUGCUACUCCUACCCAGAUUUCACCAUGGAUUAAAGCAACUGAAUUGAAACUAAAGCACAGGAUUGGACGGGGCAACUUUGGAGAUGUUUGGUUAGCAAUUCAUCGUCAGUCAGCUGAUGAUUUUGAUGAGUGUCAUGAAGUGGCUGUUAAGAUGUUACAUCCAUUGAAGAAGGACAUCGCUCAAACAUUUGUGUACAAGUUUGAGAGGUUAUUUUUGAAGUGCCGAGAGAUCUUAGGCGUUGGUUGGUUGCAUGGUGUCUCAAUUAUGAAUGGAAAGAUCUGUAUUGCUAUGAAAUUUUAUGGAGGAUCAGUUGCUGAUCGGAUAGCUUUGUUGAAAGAGCGCAAGCUUCAAUUGCCAGACGUUUUGAGGUAUGGGAUAGAUUUGGCAAAUGGAACCCAAGAGUUGCACUCAAUUGGGUUGCCUGUACUGAACCUUAAACCUUCAAACUUCCUUCUUAAUGAGCAUGAUCGAGCAGUCCUUGGAGAUUUUGGUAUCCCUUAUCUACUGCUUGAGAUGUUGAACUCUGAGAAAGCUUUAAUACUUGGAACACCCAAUUAUAUGGCCCCAGAACAGUGGGAACCUGAAGUGCGAGGUCCUAUAUCUUUUGAGACGGAUUCUUGGGGGUUUGGGUGUAGCAUACUGGAGAUGUUGACUGGUGUCCGACCUUGGUUUGGAAAAUCUGUUGAAGAAAUAUAUCAGUCAGUUGUGGUCAAGCAACAAAAACCACAGGUUCCAAGUGGCCUGCCUCCUGAUGUUGAGAAUGUUAUUAAUGGUUGCUUUGAGUAUGAUCUGCGAAACCGACCUUUGAUGGAAGAUAUAUUAUCUGUAUUUCAGAGGUCUCUGAAUGCCGUUAAUAGAGAUGGGGCGUGGACCCAUCUCAAAAGCAGAGGUCCGACAAAAAAUUCAAGCUUUGGUGGCUAUACUUCAUGGUAUCUCUCUAAAGAUCAUCUUCAAGUGGGUGACACGGUCCGUCCAAGAAAACCACUGAACUCAUGCAAACCUCAAAACAUGGAUGUCCCGAUAGGAAUUGUGGUUGGUCUCGAUGGUGACACAGAUAGAAAUCGCAUUGUGCUGGUAAAAAUUUCUGGACUGCAGAACCCUCUAAGUGUGCAAGAGUCAAAACUUGAGAGGGUCACUUCUGGCUUUGCUGUAGGAGAUUGGGUGCGUCUAAAGAACAAACAAAGCAAGCAUUCUCCUGUGGGAAUUCUGCACUCUGUACAGCGCGAUGGAUAUAUGGCAGCAGCAUUUGUAGGGUUAAAGACUCUUUGGAUGGAUAGCUGUUCGGAGCUUCAAAUGGCUAAAGCUUAUUGUGUGGGGCAAUUUGUGAGGCUGAAGGUCAAUGUAGCUAAUCCCCGGUUUGAUUGGCCUCGUAAAAGAGGAGGAGAAUGGUCCACUGGUAGAAUUUCACAAAUUCUUCCAAAUGGGUGUCUUAUUGUAGGUUUUCCAGGGAGGUUUGUGUUUGGAGAUGAAUCCAAUAGCUUCCUAGCAGAUCCAGCUGAAGUGGAAUUAGUGUCUUUCGAUUCUUGUCCUGGAAUGGUGGAGAAAUAUUAUCAUCUUGAGGAUUUUCAUUGGGCUGUAAGACCACUUGUAAUUGCAUUAGGUUUAUUUACAGCCAUGAAGCUAACCAUUUCCAUCGGACGAGGAGCAAGCACAAAACUGAGGAAGGGCCAAAGAUCUGGCGAUGGCCAGGGUAGUGGUAAUACAGCUUGGUUGCAUCCACCAAUCGCAAAUAUUCUUUUCGAAGAAGAUGCUCCUACUGCAAAUAUUUAUUAUUGAUGGAUUAAUAAAAUUGAACUUGACAUCUUCUUUGGAGAACAGAAAAAUCAGUGUGAUCCUAUAUUGAAAUUUCUAUAGAUUGCCUCUCCUUUCGUAAGCA